UGUCAUUCAACAAUUUAGUUUCGCUCGAGUCGGUCGCUUCGUACGGUCCAUGAUCCAUCCACCUGGAGCGCGGUUUGUAUCGUGGACAUAUGGCCCAACAAGUGGUACGCGCUGCCGCAUUGUAUAAAAAUCAACUUGCUUGAAUGUAUAUGUAUUUUGGAUGUGUACUUAUUGAAACGCAAUAAUCUAUAUUUAUUAAAUGCCUAAAGGCUCCAAUGUUUAUAAAAAGUGUGGAUUUCGUGGUAAAAUUCAAAUGAAUAUAAAGUGAAUACAAGUACAAAAAGUUCGACUGAGCCUGGAAAUGAAAACAUAUGUGUAGAUAGUUUCGAUUCUGAUGAUCAUAAUGGAAAUGCAGACAUCGUCACAUCUUAGCCAUGGGCUUGCGACGCUCUCGCAGCAUCAGCUGCAGCACCACAUCAUCCACCAGCCCUUGCCUGUCCACAGUAACCAUGGCCAAGAUCAAGCGCUGAAUACGAACACGAGUCAGCAUGAGCACGAUAAUCAACAGCAUCUGCAACACCAUCACCUCUCACAGCAACAGCAGCAUCUGGUUGUCUCACCGACCAUACACACACUACAGAGCGCUCCGACAGGUGACAACCUGAGCAUCACCAUCGGCACCCAUCAUCAUCAGAAUGAUCAUCCCCAUCAUAACAACGGAAUCGUUUAUACCUCAGCACAAAUUGACGAAAAGUCAAAAUUGCAUAAGUUCGAUGAAUAUACAAAUCGUAUACUUGGAAGCAUAGCGGAUGCCCCAACCCCGCCCUCCACAAACAAUUUCAUUUCACAGUCACAAGGCGUUGAAUGGAUAACAGCAAUGAACGAAGUCCAAAACGGGGCAGAAGAUUCACACAGCUCGCAAGGCAGUAUAUCUGGUGAUGGUCAUGGAGGAGUAAAUCAGCUGGGAGGUGUUUUUGUUAACGGACGCCCAUUGCCUGAUGUAGUUCGCCAGCGCAUCGUGGAGCUGGCGCACAAUGGUGUUCGUCCAUGUGACAUAUCCCGCCAGUUACGUGUGAGCCAUGGCUGUGUAUCUAAAAUACUAUCAAGAUAUUACGAGACUGGUAGCUUUAAGGCGGGUGUUAUAGGCGGAUCGAAGCCAAAAGUAGCGACACCUCCUGUUGUGGAUGCGAUAGCCAACUAUAAGCGGGAAAAUCCCACAAUGUUCGCUUGGGAGAUACGAGAUCGACUUUUGGCGGAGGGUAUAUGCUCCCAGGACAAUGUUCCUAGUGUUUCUUCAAUAAACCGAAUUGUAAGGAACAAGGCCGCCGAAAAAGCAAAGCAUGUUCAUCAUCAUCAGCAGCAUCAUAUGCAGCAGAAUCUCAGUGGCGGGCAUAAUGCCACAGAGAGCCUUGAUAGUAGUACAGGUGCAAAUAGCGAUCCGCAGGCAUCCGGCGUUGGGACCAGCAGCAGCAGCACUAAUUCCGCAAUCACCACAACAUCAGCUGCGGCAUCUGCAGUAAUUGCCCACGCCCCAAUACCGACGUCAGCUGCUGACACCGUCCAAGAUCCAAUAGGUCACUUAAAUAAUAACAGUAAUGGCACCAGCAGUGGGAAUGUCAGCGCAGGGCCUGAGCACCGCACGACUGGAUAUAGCAUAAAUGGAAUUCUCGGUAUACAGCAUGGACAUCAUUCUCAGAACAAUAACAACAACAACAGCACUAACAACAAUAAUAAUACAACAGAUCCUGGUUUUAAACGCAAGAGAAUCGAAACCCAUGAUGAAAACCGGGACACAAACAUUCAUUCAGACGAUGAAGCUAAGCGGCAACGCUUGGGCUACAGUGGAGAUCCAAUUUACCCAAACAUAUGGUCAGGGAAAUGGUGCAUUAAGGAUGAACACAAACUGCUUUCCGAGCUAGGAAAUUUAACAACUGGCAGCGGUACCAAUGCUCCCUCAUACUAUGAACCAUCAAACGGGUUUUCAGCCAGCACGAUAUCAAUGUCAGGAGCGGCACCAACUGGCAAUGAUACUUCUAUGCUAUAUGACAGUAUAGCCACAAUGUCGCAGUCUCCAGGCUCCCUGUACACACAAACAAUCGGUCCAUCUAUCGGCAGCAGUUCGCUUACUCCACUAGUCCCUAUAAGUAUGCAUGACAUGAAGCUUAGUACAAAUACAGUACAGGAACAGUCAAUCGCACCCUUCUACGCAGCCGCAAUAGCCUUUGAAAACGGAAGCUAUCCGUCAAUAACAAGCUUGGAUAAUGGCUCAAACUCACCAGCGGGACAAGGUGCUAUUGCAGUUUCGGGAAGCUCCGAUUCGACCAGACUAUGUCCAAGGACUGUGCGAAACGAGCAAAAUCACACCGAAAGUAAUAUAAACAGUACAUUACUUAUAAAGGAGCCAGUGGUUCGAAGCGUCAGCAGGGACAGGGAGGAGAAUCCCAACAGAUCUGAUAAGAGCAUGGAAUCUAACAAACCAAAUUUGGAGCAGAAUAACCAUAUACCCUUACCAAAUCUGCACCAUAUAACAGAACAGCAACUUAUAACAAGCAACGCCAGCACCAUUGCCAAUACCAAUACACAUACCUCAUCUCUAAUACUCCUUCAACCGAGCGGAGGCACCUCUUCGCUAAAUGUCAGCGCUGCUGACGAUCGUUCAGAAGUUCAUACAAAUGUAUGUAGUAAUGUAGGCAUGUAUGCUACACCUACAGUACUGCCAAGUUUUAAUCAUUACUCUACAGGAUGUAGCUCAGUUGUACCAGGUACAGAAUAUGCCUAUAGUUCAGCUUACACACAAUAUGGAGGUGCUUAUGGUUCCUAUGGUUACGGUGCGAGCGGCGGCUUAGUGAACUCAUCCUACUACUACGAAGGUGGGCAGCCACAGUCAGCAUUGAGCCAGGACCUGCGUUCGCCAUUAGCUGCAACGCGGGCCAAUUCUUUAGCAUCAGCUGCGUCGCCAACUGGUAGUGCAUGCACAAAGUCUGAGACAUCAGACAUAUUCCUUGUAUAAUCAUCAAUCUAAUAAAUACCUCUACUGAAUUAAUUAUUAUUGAUUGAACACGACGAUAGAUCGAAUUCUAUUCAGCUCGGUCUUCGUACAUUCUAAAUUUUUUGUUUAUAAUCGCUAGCCGUUUAAUGAUUGAUAACAGAGGGUCUUGCAAUAUUUAGUACCGUUUGUUUAUAAUUAAAAAAAAUCUCAUUUGAAUUGUUUUGAAUGUCAAAGGCUACAAUUAUAGUAAUGUGAACGGUUCCCAUAUACAAAUUUGCAUUUAUUGUUUGAUUCGACCUUUCACGUGCAAGGCUUGCAAUCUAGGUAUUUUUUAAAAGAACAAACAAGGACUGGUCUAAACGUAAGUUAGUAAUUCACCUAAUACAUAAGAACCGAAGAAACCAAAAUGUUCAAUAAGGAACAACGCAACCAAAAAUCAUGCAAGUUUUUUAAAAACUUUCAAAACCUUAAGACAUAUUUAUGUAUAAAUUGUACAUAAGCGUGUAUUAAUGAAGGGGAAUUGACGUUGAUAAUUAGUGUAUUAAUAUAGCGUAUAAUAUGCACCAAAUCCAAAUCAAGAUGUAUUACAACGAGCACAUAAAAUAAGUUUAAGAAGCGCAUGCUUCGGAUCCAUACAUUUGGUUCACUGGAAAGUUGACGUGCAUGAUGGAUUUUUGAAUGAAUGUAUGUGUACGUAACGUACUAUUUAAUUCAAUAAAUUUACAUACAUGCACUAUGAGCCCUACUUUAUUUUUAUGUGUUGCUAAUAUAAAAAGCAUCUGUACUGUUUUGAAAUACUCGAAUGGAUAUCGAAAUCGAAGUUUUACUCGUACUCGUAUUUAUAAUUAGUUCUAAAUUUAUAUUAGGUAACUCCCAUUACUUAUAAGAAAGCACAAACCAAAAUUAAAGAUAUUUACGAAUAACUGUAUGUGUGUGUUAAUUGAAAAUAAAUAUAUGAAAACAAGUA